UGUCUGUCACCGCAUGUGUGAGCAGCAGAUGUGACCUCAGCGUGCAGAAGGACACCUAGGAACUCCUGGGCUUGUGGGAGCCACAGAGCUACUCCAGCAGCAGCCACAUCAUGGGCACCGUCAUGUGUCCAUGCAGAUGAACAUGUCUGGCAUUAGCGAGGGAAUGCCUUGGCUAAGACCUGUGCUGGCCCAUUCACGGGAAGGGCUGGAGCGAGCUGCACAGCUCAGAGGGGUGCCCAGACCUGGAUGCUACGCUGCCGUCGCGGUAACCUCGUCAUCCCUCACUCUCCAGCCAUGGGGCUCACUGGUGGGCCUGUCGCGACCCUCCUCCUCCUCCUCCUCCUCCUGUUCCUCCAGGCGCAGAUUUGCUGGCUGCGACGCGCAGCCUCUGAGCCUUGCCAGGCGGGCUUCGGGGAGGCUGAAGUGACCUUGGAAGCGGGAGGCGCGGAACCGAAGCCCGGACAGGCUAUGGAAAAAGGUGUUGCAGGCUGCCCUGGGCAGGAGUUGGCCCCACUCAGCACUGGAAACAACUUCACUGGGCAGAAUGGAGGCACAAUUCAGGAAAGGAAGGCCUCGAAGCUCUCAGCAUCCAAGCGCAUCUUACAAAGACGCAAGAGAGAGUGGGUGGUUCCGCCCAUCUCUGUCUCUGAGAAUGGCAAGGGUCCCUACCCCCAGAGGCUGAAUCAGCUCAAGUCUAAUAAGGACAGAGGUACCCGGAUUUUCUACAGCAUUACAGGACCUGGGGCAGACAGCCCCCCUGAAGGCGUCUUCACCAUAGAGAAGGAGACGGGUUGGCUGCUGCUGAACAAGCCCCUAGACCGCGAGAAGGUUGCCAAGUACGAGCUCUUCGGCCAUGCUGUGUCAGAGAAUGGAGCCUCAGUGGAGGAGCCCAUGAACAUCUCCAUCAUUGUGACCGACCAGAAUGACCACAAGCCCAAGUUCACCCUGGACGUCUUCCGAGGGAGUGUCUUGGAAGGGGUUUUGCCUGGUACUUCUGUAAUGCAGGUGACGGCCACCGACGAGGACGAUGCCGUCAACACCUACAAUGGGGUGGUUGCAUAUUCCAUCCACAGCCAAGAGCCCAAGGAACCCCAUGACCUCAUGUUCACUGUCCACCGCAGCACAGGCACCAUCAGUGUCAUCUCCAGCGGCCUGGACCGAGAGAAAGUCCCCGAGUACACACUGACCAUCCAGGCCACGGACAUGGACGGGGACGGCUCCACCACCACAGCAGUGGCCAUAGUGGAGAUUCUCGAUGCCAAUGACAAUGCCCCUGUGUUCGACCCCCAGAAGUACGAGGCCCGGGUGCCAGAGAACGCCGUGGGUCACAAGGUACAGAGGCUCACAGUGACUGAUCUGGAUGUACCCAACUCGACGGCCUGGCGCGCUGCCUACCACAUUGUGGGAGGUGACGAUGGGGGCCAUUUCACCAUCACCACCCACCCUGAGAGCAACCAGGGCAUCUUGACAACCAGGAAGGGCUUGGAUUUCGAGGCCAAAACUCAGCAUACCUUGUACGUGGAAGUGACCAACGAGGUGCCCUUUGUGGUGAAGCUUCCAACUGCCACGGCCACUGUGGUGGUCCACGUAGAGGAUGUGAACGAGGCCCCCGUGUUUGUCCCACCUUCCAAAAUAGUUGAUGUCCAGGAGGGCAUCUCUAUUGGGGAGACAGUGUGUGUCUACACUGCACGAGACCCUGACACAAAGAACCAGAAGAUCAGCUACCACAUCCUGAGUGACCCAGCAGGGUGGUUAACAGUGGACCCGGACAGUGGGCAGGUCACAGCCGCCGGCAUCUUAGACCGUGAGGACGAGCGGUUCGUGAGGAACAAUGUCUAUGAAGUCAUGAUCUUGGCCACGGACAAUGGGAGUCCUCCCACCACCGGCACGGGGACCCUCCUGCUAACACUCAGCGACGUCAAUGACCAUGGCCCCAUCCCUGAGCCCCGUAAGAUCACCAUCUGCAAUCAAAGCCCAGUGCCCCAAGUACUGAACAUCACGGACAAGGACUUGUCUCCCAACUCGUCCCCUUUCCAGGCCCGGCUCACCCAUGACUCAGACAUCUACUGGACGGCAGAAGUCCAUGAGAAAGGAGACACAGUGGCCCUAUCCCUGAAGAAAUUCCUGAAGCAAGACAUGUACGACGUGUUCCUUUCUUUGUCCGACCAUGGCGACAAGGAGCAGCUGACGGUGAUCAGGGCCACUGUGUGCAACUGCCACGGCCACGUGAAUACCUGCCCUGAUCCCUGGAAGGGGGGAUUCGUCCUCCCCAUCCUGGGGGCUGCACUAGCUCUGCUGCUCCUCCUCUUGGUGCUGCUGCUGCUGGUGAGAAAGAAGCGGAAGGUCAAGGAGCCCCUCCUGCUCCCAGAGGAUGACACCCGUGACAACGUCUUCUACUACGGUGAAGAGGGUGGCGGCGAAGAGGACCAGGACUACGACAUCACCCAGCUGCACCGGGGCCUGGAGGCCAGGCCCGAAGUGGUCUUGCGCAAUGACGUGGCCCCCACCUUCAUGCCCACCCCCAUGUACCGCCCUCGGCCAGCCAACCCAGAUGAGAUCGGCAACUUCAUUGUGGAGAACCUGAAGGCGGCCAACACGGACCCCACUGCCCCACCCUAUGACUCCUUGCUCGUGUUUGACUACGAGGGCAGUGGUUCAGACGCCGCCUCCCUGAGCUCCCUCACCUCCUCAGCCUCAGACCAGGACCAGGACUACGACUACCUCAGCGAGUGGGGCAGCCGCUUCAAGAAGCUGGCUGAUAUGUACGGCGGCGGUGAGGACGACUAGGCCUCCAGCCAUCCUGCCCGGCUGGCCGGGAACUAAACAUAGGCCCCAGCCACCAACCCAUGGGGAUCUGAUGGGCAGCUUGCUCCAGAGAAGCCCUGAGGCUGCCAUAGAGGGUUGAGAUCUCAGCCUUCCAGAACAGGAGCUGGUGGCAACCUAAGUUUGGGGAUUGGCUCAGGGGCCCCACCUCCUAAAGUCUAUCAGCUACCACAGAUUCAUUCACAUCAGGCCCUUGGAAUGGACCCCUCGCAUUACAGAGGCCGCUUCUGCCCAAGUCUGUCUUCAGAGUUACAGGCGGGUCUUCUGCCAUCCCAGAGCACCUCCAGAGGGCCCCAGCCUCCCACCACUCCUUCCCUUCUCCAGCCUCCAGGCCUGGAACUGACCACAUGGAUGGAUCGCUGAGUUUUUAUAUUGUGUGUCUAGGUCGUCCUUUAUUUUUUAUUUCCCCUGCUGUGUGUUGUAGCGGAAGGGUAAUGACAAUCGUGUACAUGUAACUAGGGACUUUUUUUUUAAUUAAAGGAACUUUUCCCAGAA